CAAAGAAACCGUGAAGCAUUUUUGCUCUGCACUCUGAGAGAAUCACUCCAAGGCUCAGGAGAUCCUAACACCAAAGACUUUUGAAAACGGAAAAACACACGAGGACAUUUAAAACCUAAAAGAGGAGUAAAACAGGAAGGCAUUGGCAAAACCUGUUUGGCAAGUUUGUUUUGUGGGUGAGACUUCACGUUUGCCAGGAUUUCCUUGUCAGAUUAAAAGAGAACACUUUGCUCGAACACAGGAAAGUGUAUUUCACUGUUAAAAUGGCAAACGCCACUUUACUUACCACUAUGUUUACCACUGUAUCUCCCUACCAAAGUAUUGAGGACUGCCUUGCCACAAACAAGGCUCUGUAUAAAUUCUAUGCAGCUGUCAUAAUUAUGAUUUUCAUCCUGGCAUUGCCUCUGAACGCAUCUGUCCUCCACCUCUUCAUAUUCAAGCUGAAAUUCUGGAAAUCCAACACCAACAACGUCUUCCUCUUCAACCUGGUGUUGGCUGACAUUCUCCUGCUCUUCUGUUUGCCCAUAAAGGCAUUCCACUUCAUCCAAGGAGAGAGGAGGAGUGAUAACGACACCGUGUGCAAAGCCAUGCUGUUCAUGUUGUUUUUAAACCGAGGGGCCAGCAUUGCCUUCCUGACGGUCACUUCCAUUGAUCGAUAUUUUAACGUGGUGCACCCAGGUCGAAAGAAUCUUUUAAGAGCUCUCAAGAAAUCUCCUCAUAUCUCUAUCCUCAUCUGGUUGCUUCUUCUGCCUCUCACCAUCCCCACCAUGCUCAAAAACUUUGAUUGCUGCAACAGCCAUGGCAAAAACCCAGAAGAUGCUCCAGAAGAUAUAUUGAUUAAGGAUGUGGUGGACAGUUUGCGAGAGGUGGUCUUCUUCACCCAGAUCCUCAUCCCCUUCGUCAUCCUGGUCUACUGCACCGUGCACAUCGUCAACCGGCUCAGGAAAAAGACUGUGGGCAACAGGACGAAGCUGAAGCGAGCGGUGUUCCUGGUGACCUCCGUCAUGGUGGUGUUCUCCCUCUGCUUCCUCCCCUGCACCAUUGCCAGGAUGAUUCUGCUGAUUGCCCGCGUCCAAGAAUGGCCUCUGCCCCAGCAGAAUACAGCUGCGGUGCUCUUCGACGGCCUCAUGGUGCUCUCCUACAUAGACUGUCUUCUGGAUCCGCUGGUCUACUGCUUCUGCAGCACCAAGUUCAAAGGGCUUUACUGCUCUACUUACUUCCCGUUCUUAGUGAAGGACGGUGAAGUGCCGAUAGAAAGCUCAUCGGCGGGACACACACUCCCACCUACACGCAAUACUGUCAUUUGAAAACCAUUUCAAACCAGGCUGUUUCUCUGUGUCAAGCAACCUAAACAGAUUACUACCUGAGACUGACAGUGUGCCACACCCCCCCCAAAAAGUGCUUACUUUGAAAGGGGACUCUGAAGGCAAGUGAAGACAGUUGUUAUUUAACUUUCUAUAGAUGCUCGAAUAGAAGUAUAUACAUAUGUAAAUAGAAAGAUCUUGUUCUACCAGAGUGUGUGUUUUUAUUAGCACUGUAGAUGUGCUAGUAGUGAUUCAAUAGAAUAUUAAUGUUGGUGGAUUUUAUUUUUGUGAACAUGAGGUUUGUUUUAAGGGGAAUGCCCGUCUGCCAAAAAUAUGCACAUCUGUUUUUCAGUUUCUCUUGUUUCUGCUUCUGACUUAAAUCCUUUCAAAUGCUCUCAGGAGAAUGUGAUCUUUCAAAUCAUAUUAACCUCAGGCGACUUUUAACUUAGCUUCCACUGUGUAGCAACCUCUAGUGAUUGAAGCCAUCAAUUAAAGCACAGAAAAUAUAAACAUGUCUUGGGACAAACAUUUUCUAUGAAGCUGCAAAUGGUAAGAAAUGUCCAAACUAAUGAAAUGUAAGAGGGGGAAUGAAAUGUAUGUAACUGAAGCAUAGAGCCAUUGAGGUCAUUCCCCUAUUACAUAAGACUUAAACCUGAAGGCCCAUACAGGAAGCUGAUCCUUAAUGUUGAUUGAUGAUGGAAUAUCACUUUCUAUGCUGUAUGUAGAGAGAGAGAUGUUACUGUACAUAUUUUCUAAUAAUAAAAAGACACUUAAAUGUCCCUCAUUAUGUUCACUAUUAACUGCAUAUGUGAAGAUCAAGUUUGGUUUCCAAAAAAGAACAUUCCCAUACAACUACAUAUUGGGAAUACAGCUGCAUUGUCAAUUAAGUUUAGAGGGAAGCCGAUUUUAUGUUGGAUACGUUUAUUUGUUGAUGUUUCACAAAUCCAUUUCUAAAGAAAUCUGCAGCGGUCUGCGUACGGCAGGGGUCAAAGACUUCCACCCAGGAGACAUGUAUUUGUUUGAAAUGUGAAACCAAAAUUCUACGUUGAUUCAUUUUAAAUGACAAAAAACACCUUUAGUUAAGCCAAACCAGAACAUGACCAAAUAGUAGCUUUUGUUCAAUUUGUAUCGUUUUAAAACAUCGAUUGAAUCCAGAGUAAAACAUGUAAUUGAGAAUACAGUUUGGUUUCAUGGGAAAAGCAUUGUUUAAGAGUCAGGGUUGGAAAAUCCCACUUUGACAACAAGGAAAAUCCCAUGCCUCACAGGAAUGAAUCAUCACUCCUACCUUUGACAAGACUAAACAAUACUCUGCCUUAAUUACUGAAACUCCACUGUCCAUGUUCUGUAUAAGUCAUCCUCACCUUUAUGACCUCAUUAACAGUAAUAGUGCAGUGAGUAAGGGUAUGUCUGUCUGGGUAUACUGUAGAUAAAGGCCUUACUCAUUUGAAGUAGUCCAUCAGGUGGCUGGGUUCAAUGUCAUGUCAAUGUACUAAUCAUUAUCUUAAAGAUGCAUCAUUGCGUAUCAUAAAACAAGUCAUUGCGUUGUAUCUGUGACACGUUGUGUGAAUAGGUAAAAACAAUACAAUGACACAUUUGUGCCGUGGAAUAUUAUGCAACCUUAUGCAAAAGUGGAAUUUACUCAUAAAAUCUCAUUUAUGACAAAAGGUGGGAACACAACUGAGGAAGAAGAAGCUACUUUGCCAUGCACAUGCCUACAUGAUAAAAAAAACAGCACCGAUGCGUACUUAUAUACUGUGUACACAACUAUUGGCUCCUCAAAUGUUACAUCUGCAUAACUGACAACAUGUAACUCUGUAUGUUAAUAAGAUCUGCAAAUAUGUACCGAGUAAAGAGAGGCACACGUGUCCUAAAGUCACAUAAUGUACAGUACCAUGACCUUAA